UGUAUGCAGCAUGAGCUCUGUCUGCUAGAAUAAACGCCGCACAAAAUGGAGUAACAGUCCGUCGACGCUGGCUGAAUUACUGGAAUAUCAUCCGUGAAAGAUUAUUUACUUUUGGACAGGUGCAACAUCAAAUCUUCAAAAAUGGGAUACAGAUUAUUUCCAGGUCCUUUAUUUACGUGUUUCGUGGCUCUCCUUCUGUUUCAUGUGAAUACCUUCUGUGCAGAUCUGAGCUACAAUAUUCCGGAAGAAACGAAGCGCCAGUAUGUGAUCGGAAAUAUUGCCAAGGAUCUCAGCAUGGAUGUUAAACUAUUAUCUGCUCGUAAAGCUCGGAUAGACACGGAGGACAGCAGCAAACGGUAUUGUGAUAUUAAUCUGCAUACUGGUGAUCUAAUCGUGGCAGAGACAAUAGACCGAGAGGAGCUUUGUGGAUCUCGAAUGUCCUGCAUUCUCAGUUAUGAGCUCGUACUGGAAAAUCCUCUUGAAGUUCACCGUAUAGUUUUGAAUAUUGAAGAUAUAAAUGACAAUGCGCCACAAUUCCCAAGUGACCGUUUUAACUUUGAAAUCACCGAAUCAGCAGUUAAAGGCCAGCGAUUCCGUUUGCACGAGGCGCAUGAUACGGAUAUCGGACGAAAUGCUGUUAAUAGCUAUUCACUGGAGAAAAAUAAAAAUUUCAUAUUGACUGUACAUGAUACUGCAGACGGAGGGAAAUAUGCUGAACUUGUGUUGGAAAAGGAGCUGGAUCGUGAACAGCAGAAGGAGAUAGACAUGAUUCUCACUGCCACUGAUGGAGGUUCACCGCAGAGGUCUGGCACUGCUGUCAUACACAUCACUGUUCUUGAUGCCAAUGAUAAUGUUCCAGUAUUUAGUCAGCCUGUUUAUAAGGUCACUCUGGCUGAAAAUACACCUUCAGGAACAGAAAUAAUCAGAGUGAGCGCCACAGAUGCUGAUGAAGGUCCAAAUGGAGAAGUGAUGUAUGAAUUCAGCAGAUUGUCAGAUAAGAAUGCAAAAUUAUUUUCUAUUGAUAAGACAACUGGACAAAUUGUGGUUACUGGAGAGAUUGAUUAUGAAAAUGAAAGAAACUAUGAAAUAGGAAUUCAUGCUCAAGAUGCAUCUGGAUUGGCAUCAACUGCUAAAGUCAUCAUAGAUAUAACUGAUGUUAAUGAUAAUCCUCCUAGAAUCAUCCUUAAAUCUUUGAAUAACCCGAUACCUGAAAACUCUGAGCCAGGUACUGAGGUGGGAAUCAUUAAUGUUCAAGACAAAGACUCAGGAGAAAACCGGCAGAUUCGUUGCUCUGUUCAGCAAAAUGUUCCUUUCAAACUGAACCCAUCUGUUAAAAACUAUUUCUCUCUAGUAACUACAAAAGCUCUAGACCGAGAGAAAGAAUCUGAUUACAACAUUACCAUCACAGCCACAGAUGGGGGAUCUCCACCAUUAUCCACCUCCAUGACGAUUCAUUUAUUUGUCUCAGAUGUGAAUGACAAUCCUCCUGUAUUUGAGCAGCAGUCGUACAGUGCUUAUAUAAGAGAAAAUAACAAAGCAGGCACCUCUGUUUGUUCUGUCAGUGCAAAUGACCCAGACUGGAGACAGAACGGGACUGUACUGUACUCUCUGGUACCCAGUGAAGUCAAUGGGGUCACAGUGUCCUCAUUUCUAUCUGUUAAUGGAGAUACAGGGGUGAUUCAUGCUGUAAGAUCAUUUGACUAUGAGCAGUUCAGAAACUUCAGUGUCAAAGUUGUUGCCAGAGACAAUGGUUCUCCUCCGCUCAGCAGUAUCGUGACUGUGAAAGUCUUCAUAACAGAUGAGAAUGAUAACUCUCCACAGAUAUUAUACCCUGUUCCAGAUGGCAAGUCUUUAAUGACUGAAAUGGUCCCUAAAGCGACUCUCUCAGGCUCUCUGGUCUCCAAAGUGAUCGCUGUAGAUGCUGACUCUGGACAGAACGCAUGGCUGUCCUAUCAGAUCUUGAAAUCUACUGAUCCGGGACUUUUCACCAUUGGUCUCCAUAGUGGAGAGAUCAAAACACAACGAGACAUUUCUGAAUCUGACAAUAUGAAGCAGAAUCUUGUUAUUUCAGUGAAGGAUAACGGGCAGCCCUCUCUGUCUACAACCUGUGCUGUGAAUUUACUGAUUUCUGACAACCUUUCUGAAGUUCCUGAACUUAAAGAUAUGACUUAUGAGGACAAUAACUCUAAACUAACGUCAUACUUGAUCAUUGCAUUAGUUUCCGUGUGCACCUUCUUCCUGACGUUCAUCAUACUGAUCUUAGCAGUGAAGUUUUGUCACAGGAGAAAGCCCAGACUGUUGUUUGAUGGAGCAGUUGCUGUUCCCAGCACCUAUCUGCCUCCCAACUAUGCGGAGGUGGAUGGAGCAGGAACUCUCCGCAGCUCCUACAAUUAUGAUGCGUAUCUAACCACAGGCUCGCGCACAAGUGACUUUAAGUUCAUCACGUCUUACAAUGAAAACACGAUUCCUUUCUCUCAAACUUUGUGUGACACAGAAACAACAAACGUAUGUAGUCACACCAGUGGUGAAGAACUCAGCUAUCCCACUCUGGUAAAUUAAUAAUUUGAUUAUUUUAUUUAUGAGUUCUUUAAAAGCAUUUAUAAGAUUGUACAAAGUUUUGAUCUGUGUUGUGUAUCAUCAGCUGCACAGUCAGCAUUAUUUUCUCUCAGAGUUAUAGUCGUUUGAUGUUUUCUAAAAUGUUUAUUCAACAAUUUCAAAAUACAUAUUAAUUUAGCUGUAAAUUCAUAUUAAUUAUAAGAAAGUAUCAGAAAAGAAAUGUAAACCUUUCACUUAAUUGUUUUAAAUAUAUGUUCAAUGUUAUUUAGUGUAUCUUUCAAUCUGUUAUUGUACUGUGGAUGACAUACAAACAAUUACUUGUCUAAUAAAGUUAAAAUUUCAUGAGAAAUUAAUAAAUGUUUUUGUCUCAGUUCUUUUUUCCCUCUCCUAGUAGUACUUCAGGAAAAUUGUCAGUGAUACAUGAUGGUUAUUAUAUAUAUAUAUAUAUAUAUAUAUAUAUAUAUAUAUAUAUAUAUAUCAUUUUGCAUCAGUACAAUGGAGUUAAACUAAAACAUCUAAGUACUCACUUUCUUCCAAACAAGAAAGAAAAAAUAAAUAAAUAAAUCAUUAUUAAAAAACAAACAAACAACCAAACAAAAAAGAAAAAAAAAAAUGCUUAUGCUUAAAAAAAAAGUAUGAUUAGGCCUACUAUUGAUUCUGUUUAACACCAAAUAGUUGUUGUUUUUCAGCUUUAAUGGUUUGAAGGUUUAAUGUAAACAGCCCUAACCUGUUUAAUCUAAUUUUUGUCUUUCAUGCUCUCCUCUGUGAACCAAUGCUGGAUUUUCUUCUAUAGGUAAGAACAACUCUUAUUUACUCUAAAUUAAGUAAGAUGCAUGCUUAUGAUGAAUGAUUCUAAAUUAUGUGUCUAAUAGAGACUGGAAAGCUUGGACAUCUAUAUGGACAAUUGACCAUAAACACAUUAACAGCCUGUUGAUGUAUAGUUUAACAUGUGAAAACUGUAAAGAUGUUAGCUGGUUGAUUCACUGCUGAUGGUGGCUGAUGAAAACAAAAAGGAUUUGUGAGGAGAUU